UUCGUGCAUUUAAUUUUUAAUGAUAUGCGUACAGCUAUCUCUCUCUCUCUCUCUCUCUCUCUGUCUUCCUCUUCCCCUCCCUCUACCUCUGUCUCUUUCUCUAUUUUUUUGCUCCUCUCUUCGCCACCUGUUAGUUAGUCUCCCUGUCCUCGCCGCACUGGAAUCCCCUCUUUUUUUAUGAGGAGUUUUGCACUUACACUAUCAGUGGGCCCCAUGACUGUGCGAAAAGGAAAACCUUUAGCCAUCUCCAUCCAGGAGAACAUGGCCAUCGACGUGUGUCCAGGCCCUAUCCGCCCAAUCCGUCAAAUCUCCGCCUACUUCCCUCGCCUUUCGCCUACUUCCUCCUUCUCCGAGCCCCUAUCACCAAAUCAGAUGGCAGCUCCCACUUCGCUCAGCCCUGGCGCGACAGGUCAAGGUGGAGGUGCAGGAGGGGGAGGAGGAGGGAGCAGCAGCCUGCUGUCACCGCUGUUACCAGGGGCUGCUGGUGGAGGGGGGUCACUGUCAGCCAUGAGCAGUGUGGACACCUCCAUCGAGAUCGACAGCUGUGACAGCGAUGAUAGCACAUCUUUGGGGACGUUACAGUUUGACCUGCUGUAUGAGAGAGCCACCAGCUCCCUGCACUGCACAGUCCUGAGAGCAAAGGGACUGAAGCCGAUGGAUUUUAACGGUUUGGCUGAUCCCUACGUCAAGCUACACCUGCUUCCUGGAGCCUGCAAGGCCAAUAAACUGAAAACCAAGACAGUGCGCAACACGCUGAACCCUGUGUGGAACGAGACGCUCACCUACUGUGGAAUCACAGAGGAGGACAUGUACCGCAAAACACUCCGGGUAUCUGUGUGCGACGAAGACAAGCUGACACAUAAUGAGUUCAUCGGGGAGUCGCGGGUGGCCCUGCGCCGUUUGAAGCCUGACCAGACCAAACACUAUAACAUCUGUCUGGAGCAUCCACCUCCUCUGCCCUCACCCACAGCCAUGAGCACAGCGCUGAGAGGAAUCUCCUGCUACCUGAGAGAGUGGGAGACCGAGCAGCAUCGAAGCCUUGAGGAGAGAGGCCGCCUGCUGCUCUGCCUGCAGUUCCUCCCACCGGCCGCUGCCGAUGAUGACUUGAAGGGCGAAGCUAAGGAGAGGGCACGUGGUGGGCUGUGUGUGGGCGUGAAACGAUGUGCCCACCUGGCAGCCAUGGAUGUCAACGGCUUCUCUGACCCCUAUGUUAAAACGUACCUCAAACCCGAUGUUCAUAAGAAAUCCAAGCACAAAACAGCAGUCAUAAAAAAGACUCUGAACCCGGAGUUUAAUGAGGAGUUUUUCUAUGAAAUCACUUUCUCAGAGUUAGCCACCAAGACCCUGGAGGUCACGGUGUGGGACUACGAUCUCGGAAAGUCCAACGACUUCAUAGGGGGCGUGUCCUUUGGGUGCCACUCACAGGGAGAGACUCUGCAGCACUGGAUAGACUGUCUGAAGAACAAGGGCAAGAAGGUGGAGCGCUGGCACACACUGACCAAUGAGCUGCCAGGAUCGACCCUACAGGAAUGAAGCGAUUAUCGUCCUCUGACACCAGAGAGACGCCUGAAGACUCAGGAUGAGGGGCAAUUCAUCGCAUGUUCUGAGGACUUUUGUGCAUGAAUAAGACGAGGAUUCAUAUCCAGCUUACUUUGUGUCAUAAAUGAGAUCAUAAUUCUUAACACAAAGGGGUCAUAGUCUGGGAUCAAUACUGUAAUCUUGGUUUUAGAUAGACUUGAUGCAAAUGUGAGGAAAGGCCCCCAGUAUAAAGCUAACAGUGUGAGAAUUUUCAUAAUCAUAUUCAUAGAGAUCACAUCUCUUUUGUUGAUUUUAUGUUCAUCUAAAUGCUCCUCCACGCUGCUACAAGCUGGUUAGAUGUCAGCCUGCAGGAAAAAUUGAAAUGAAGCAGAAAAUAAUGAAAAACCUGGAUUGUUCUGCUUGUUAUUUUUGCUUAAACUCAUCCUCUGUCUGACAGUGCACACACCCCUCUUUUGCAAUAAUGUUUUGCUGAAUGCUUCCAAAUAUUUCCAAGUGGUCUUAAUGAUGCCAGACAGUUUGCAUCUAUUGGCCUGAUUGCCACUGGAUUGAGUGCACACAGCGCAGCCCAAUGAUAGAAUUUGUUCUUCCAUGUUGUUUGUUUUGCAUGUUUAGUGUCAAUGGUGCAAAUUCAAAGCAAAAAUGUACCUGGAGGAAAUUAUUAUUCUGCAGAGGGGGAUUUUUAAUUUUAAGGCUAACCACUUUUUUUAACGUUGUUCACAGUUGUGUGACAAAAACAUCUGUUGCUAUUAGUGACACACUGACAUCGACAUACUUCACAACCCCUGAUCUGUAUGCAAAAGUACAGAGAUGUAAUUAACAGGAGGGUCCCGGAGCAGAGAGAUUGAUUUUGUGGACAGCCGUGCAUCGUAAUAACAUCAUCAUCCUCUGUUGAAUAUCUAAAUUACAAAUAUGUACUGAAUGGUGUGUAGAGCACAGUGUUGUGUGAUAACUUGCUGCAGGUUG